ACCACAACUUAACCUUUAAAUCUUGUAAACCUGUGAAAUAUCGUGUAAACCUUUGUUAAAAAACAAUAAUAUUAGUGUAGUAACAAGUUAAAGUGAUAAUUAAUCACCGGCAUAAUUAAUAUUAAUAUUUUCCGCUCGGAAAUCAAACAAAUUUGACUUUUUUCUAAACCACGUUGUGUCGCAAAUUCUACACUUGCUUUUAGUUAAGUUUUUAAAUCAUAGGUGGCGCACCACGACCAUGUUCACAAUUUUCCUCUACAUGUACCACUCUUUAGCGGCAAUUUUCAACCGGAAGUACCCUUUACCCAUAGCUCUACCCAACGUGAUCUAUGAGAGUGCCCACUUUAAAUUUGUCAAUAAACCACCGGAUAUGCGCAUAAACAGCAACAAUCCAUCACAUUACACAUUACAAACCUACCUCCUCGAAACCUACCCACAACAAUCCAACGCAAAACUCUACCACAAUUUUUAUUUCGUGCAUCGUUUGGAUUACGCCACUAGCGGUAUUAUUUGUAUCCCCAUGACAAAACACGCGUGUAAAGUGAUCUCUGAAGUGUUUCAAUCGCGCCGCGCUGAAAAAUAUUACAUUGCCAUCGUGCGCGGCAUUCUUUCACAGCGUAUCAUAGUUGUUCAACGCGCAAUCGGAGAGGAAAUCGACGCGGAAGCGCAAAAAAUGUGCACGGAAGAUAAUAUAAAGUGUAGAAACGCACGAAACGCUACCACAAUUCUCACAGUGUUGGAAAAUGGUGUUUGUGGGAAUUAUCCAGGUACCAAAGUGUUGAUUCGACCGAUAACGGGCAGGCGACAUCAAAUCAGGGUGCACUGUGCGUUUCUUGGACAUACGAUCGUCGGGGAUUAUACGUACAGCAAUAAACGAGACGUGUUACCACCACGGAUGUUUCUACAUUCCCUUAGAUUAGUGCUACCCAACGAUGUGGAAUCCGUCGACCUUCAGACCGAGGAUCCCUUCGACGAAGCGACGUGCGCGAAUUGGACGGUCCACAAUAGACACCAGACAAUAGAGGAGGCCUACGACCUGUUGGGGCAAUAUGCAAAUAGACUCGGUACCGAGCAAGUGUCAUAACGCCAUAAAUAUUAAUUUUAAACAUGUUACAACUUAAAAAUUUCUUAAAACUCAAAAAGGGAAGCAACCCCCACUAAAAUACUACCUGGAUCCUACCCUAUAUUAACCACCGAUAACUCCGGCGAGCUUUAGUCUUCAAUCAGAGCUUCAGUUAUGGUUUAGACGCCUAUGUAGAUCGGUAUGUUGCUACUGAUGGUACCACAGACUUCGCUGAUUACCCAGUUUACAAUGCUGCUCCUGGAAAUACCGGCGCCUCCACC